AUGAGAGUCAACAGUAAUCUGGAGGCAGGAGGACCAGCUCUCAGGAUGAGAGCCGACAGUAAUUUGGAGGCAGGAGGACCAGCUCUCAGGAUGAGAGCCAAUAAGACCGGCUCUGCUGAAAGAAGGAAGUACCUCGGAUGCAGGAGGACCAGCUCUCAGGUGAGAGUAAUUCGGAAGGAGGAGGACCAGCUCUCAGGUGAGAGUAAUUCGGAAGGAGGAGGACCAGCUCUCAGGAUGAGAACAAACAGUAAUUCAGAGGCAGGAGGACAAGCUCUCAGAAAGAGAGCCAACAGUAAGAUCUCUAGGGUGGUGGGUGAAGAUGUUUACAGGAGUCACUUGGGCUGGGCUGGGCUGUCCAUACUUUUCACAGUGGGUGUUCGAGAGCGAACGGACGAGCGCCAAAGAAUGAUGUUAAAUAGGAUGUCCCAGAGCAUGGACCGCUUCUUAAGCCAAGAUCCCAACUCCCACAUCCCUCCACCACCUCCCCUGGACUUCCCUCUCUCUCUUCCCUCAAGAGGAGGAGGAGGAGAGGAAGACGAGGUCGGCAAGAACGUCAAGAAGAUGGUGAGGAAACUCACUCAGAUGGACACCACCAUCUUGAGAGAACUUGAGAAGGUUUCCACGGAGAUAUUAAGAUAUUUGAAAGAACUUUUCCUAUCUCCCCUUCUCAUUCCAGAUGUACAAACUGUGACCGAGUCACUCGGAACACAAAUUUCGCAGCUUCAGUUGGGCGAUGAUCUGCUUUCGGCCUCCAUGGAAACUUGUGAGAGAAGCUCUCUGGAAGCAAUGCAGCAACUGAUGUCAAGGGCACAGGCAUCUGGAUGCAGUGGUGGUGAAGAUGUUCCAGGUGAUGUUAGUUCGCGUUUGGAUGCUCUUGAUCGAAGAUACCAGGAACAAGAGGCCGAGAUUCAUAGUAUGGGAGCAGACACCCACAGGAAUUUGGAGGAAACUCUGUCCCUUCUGAAGAAACUUGUUGAUGAAAGUCAUAAUGGGCAGGCUGUUAUUAAUGCCUCUGUGGCAGAUUUGACCCGGAAUCUUCGACAGCUUGAUGACACCACUCAGGAUGGCUUAGGUCGGCUUACAAUGGACGUGCAAACAGCUCUGAGGGAUAGCUCAGAUGCUUUGUCAGAAACUGUAAUAGAAAUGGCAAACCAGAUAAAGCAAGAAACUUCAAACAUUAUGGACACCCUUGAUGAUACAGCCUCCCAGGCAGAAAACCUGCAGCAUACUGUCCUAGAAAACUAUUCAGAACUGUCAAAUCAGAUUGGUAGUUUGAAGAAGGUGGAGAAAGUGAUGAUCAACACAGCUGAUGCAGACCUUGACACUAAGCGCAGCAUUGAGUUUGGCAUACAGCAGAUCAUUUUGGAGCUGGGAGAAAUUGUCAAGAGUAGUGGAAGCUCCAUUAAUACUACUCUGUCAGAUCAGAUUAGUAACAUCUCAUUCGCUAUCCUUAAGAAUCAGACAUCAGCUCUGACAAACAUGACUGCUAAAAUGGAGCAGGAAAUAUCACAGGUGUGGAGACAGAUUGGCAUUAUGUAUCAACAGAUGACACAGUCUGUAGAUCUUCUUGAUCAGUUGAGAAACACCACUAAGUUGCACAUGAACGCGUCACUCUCACGUGUUGGAGAAAUGGACGGAACUGUUGGACAGAUCAACACCAAAGUCGCAGAUGUCGAAGACAAUCUCAACUAUCUGCUGGGACGUUUGUCCUUGGUAGUCUCAGAGUUCAACCUCAUGAAAGAAGGUGUGGGAGACGAACUUGUUCGAUUGAGAGAGAACCUCGCCAAAGGAAACGCGGGCCAGUUUGGUUACGAGGGUGAUGAACCAGCGGAGUACCGUUACGACAUCAGCCGGAAGCGUCAUGCCAUCCAUUCGGAGAGUUGUUUGCAGGAGCGCGAGGCAUUGCCGCCUCCUAGUUAUUUCGAACAAAAUAGGGAAACUCUUACCGUAUUCUAAGUUUCGUUUAUAAAUAACUGUUAAAUUUAACAGUGUAAAUUGGCAGACAGCCAGAUGAGAAUCCUUAAAGACAGUGGCAUUUCUGUUCUUGCUUCUCAACAUGCCCUAAGCAUUGCCAUUUUAUACAUUUUUGUUCUUUGCUUUCCUGU